AUGCCUCGGCUUUGGAACGCUGCUGUCUGGCUGCUCGCCCUCGUCGCGGCGAGCGUGCGCGCGCAGCCCUCGCCCGACGUGCAGAAGAGGAUCUCCGCCGCGAUACGCGCCGCGGCGCACGCGAACGGCACUGCGAGCACAAACUACACCGCGUUCGUGAAUCCGUUCAUCGGGACAGAUAACUACGGGGAUGUAUGUCCAGGCGCCUCGGUGCCCUUCGGAAUGGUCAAGUUCACGACCGACAUGACCGGGUACGCCCCCGCCGACCGUGCGCGGGCUCAGACCGUGCGCGGGCUCAGCCCGCUGCACGACAGCGGCACGGGCUCUUCGCUCGGGACGUACGGCAACUUUGAGAUCAUGCCCCUCCUCUGCCCGGGCGGGUUCGACACCUGCACGACGCGCCUGCAGGACCGCGAGCGGUACCGGCUGAACAACACCGACGACGCGUACCCAGGCUACUUCUCGCUGACGCUGAACAACAGCAUCAAGAUGGAGGCGACGAGCACGCGGCGCGCGGGGCUCGAGCGCUUCGCGUUCCCGCCCGGGUCGGGCACGCCGUACUUUGUGCUCGACCUCGCGAACGACCUGCCCGCGAGCUUCGCGGGCGGGACGAUGGAUAUCGAUCCGGUUGCCGGGCGGAUCACUAUUGGGGGGUACUGGGGGUCGAGCUUCGGCCCGGGGAUAUACAACUACCAGGCGUUCGCGUGCUAUGACUUGUUGAACAACGGGAAGCAGAGAUUGGACGAGUGGGGUGUGUGGACGGGAGACUCGUACGGCCUCGACGCGAAAGGCCUCGGCCUCACGCACCUCAACCUCACGCGCAACCUCAUCGGGGGCACGCCCUACCAGUCUGGCGCGCUCUUCUCGUACGCCGACUCCCCUUCUGAAAUCACCAUCCGCGUCGGCGUGUCCUUCCGCUCCGCCGCGCAGGCGUGCGCGAACGCCGAGAGCGAGGUCGGUGACGCGAGCUUCGAGGAGAUCGUGGAGCGGAGCCAGGGAUUGUGGAACGAGUUGUUGGGGAGGGUGGAGAUUGAUGUGGCGGGGACGCCGGAGAAUGUGACGGAGAUGCUGUACAGUAGUUUGUAUAGGAGCUUUUUGACGCCGAACAAUGCGACGGAUGAGACGCAGGGCGUGUUUGCGGAUACGACGGCGCACUAUUUCGACUCUUUGUACUGCAGCUGGGACACUUACCGCACCUUUUACCCGCUCAUGUCGCUCCACUCCCCGGUCGAGUUCGCCCAGAUCGUGGACAACUACAUCGACGGCUACCGCAAGAUGGGCUGGAUGCCCGAGUGCCGCGCCAAUAACCUGCCAGGGUGGACUCAGGGAGGCGACGGAGACAAUAUAGUGGCGCACUUCGCUGUGACGUACCACGACGAGGCGCAAGCGCUCGGGAUCGACCUGCAGGAGCUGUACGCGGCGAUGGUGGCGGACGCGCAGGUCAACCCGCCGGAGUGGAAUACGCUGGGCCGGCAGGUUAACGUGUACAAGGAAUAUGGAUACGUGCCGUUCGCGGUGCUUGACACGGCCAGCACUGGGCGGCAGACGCGCGAGGGGAGCAGAACACUGGAGUACGCCUUCGAAGACUUUGGUCUCCGCCAAGUCGCACAGCUCCUCAACAAAACCGAGGACGAGGCCUACUACACGAACCGCUCCUUAGCAAGUCCCGAGCUUCCGAGUCAGAUUCAUGAUGCUUACAAAUUGCACCAUAGUGGUACCGAAACGUCUGGGAUCCUAACGUCGUCAGCGACGGCUUCAAAGAAGCGCUACUCGAACGGCACGUUCAAGUAUACGAACCCGACCACCUGCUCCCCUCAGGACAACGUCACCACCGAGUGUUCGCUCCAGGCCGACAACGUGAACGGCUUCUACGAGUCCUCGUCGUGGGAGUACAGCUGGUUCGCGCCGCAUGAUACGGCCCACCUGGUUACCCUCAUGGGAGGCAAUGAAACCUUUAUCAACCGUUUGGACCACUUCUUCGAUGCUGGGUAUUAUCUCGCUGGAAAUGAGCCGUCCUUCCAGACGCCCAUUGGCUAUCACUAUGCCAAUCGGCCCACGCUGUCCGUCGACCGCGUUCGCCAAGUGGUCUUCGAGAACUUCGGCAUAACUCCCGCCGGUCUACCCGGUAAUGACGACCAGGCUGCGAUGGCCACACUUCUGUCGUUCCAUCUUCUAGGGCUCUAUCCCGUGCCCUCCUCCACUGAACUCCUGAUUCUCUCGCCCUUCGUCCCAAAGUACACCAUCCACAACCCAUACCUAAACGUCAGCACAACAGUCACCGUGAAGAAUUACGACCCCCAGUCAGUCGCAAACCCCAUACCUGAUGGAGCAUCUGCCUAUGUCAAGAGCGUCACAGUCAACGGAAAGGAGACCGAAUCAAGGUGUCACUUCGACUUCUACGACACCUUCAAGAUAGGCGCAGACAUCGUCAUAGAACUCACCGCGGACAAGGAUGCUGCCGACAAUUGUGCCGGCUCGGUACCACAGUCGAUCUCUACUGGAGGCUUCGCGUCAGCGAGACAAAUAAGCCGAUAA